AUGCAAGUUGCAUUUGCCCAGUCAAAUCUGGCAGGACGUGCCAAGACUUGGGCACUGGGGCUCAAGUUGCACGACCCAUAUGCGUUUGGGUCGUUGGAAGUCUUCAAGUCGCGGCUCAGACAAACGUUUGAACCGCCUAGAGCUGAGUUCAGAGCUCGAACCGAACUCUUGAAGCUCAAACAGGGUAAGCGUGAUGUGCACGCUUACGCGCAACAUAAACGACAUCUUACGAGUUGUAUAAGUUCCAAUCCGGUGGAUGAACACACGUUGGUUUCGGUGUUCACGCAGGGUCUUGCGGAUGGUCCCGUCAAGACUCACCUGUUCCGGCUUGAACUAGAUUCACUAGAACAAUCCAUUUCCAUUGCGGAGCAGGAAGACUUCAGUCUGAGACAGGCUCGCGCCAGCUCGACAUCAUAUCGUCAACCGAGACGAUAUGACAGCGGAGGUCCAGAGCCGAUGGAACUCUGUUAUGUAGAGAUCGAGAAGGCUCGCUCUACAGGCUACAAGAAGUUGCAGAGAUGCAACAGAUGUCAAAAGACAGGACACUACGCUUACGAGUGUAGUGCCCCUCGUCCAGUGUCUCGCGACACUGGGCGUAGUGACCGUCCACCCAUGAGAAAGGAACAGGGACGAGGUUCCGCUGUUGGUGCAAAGACGCAACAACGGGAUGGAACGUCAACAAAUGGACAGGAUCAGUAG